AGUUGUAUUAUUCAUAUCAUCAUUAGCAUUGUUAACACCAAUAUUAUUUCAUGGGAAUCAAACUGUGAUAUUUAUUGGGUUUAUUGUAUUUGAAACAUGUGUUGGUAUAUUCUGGCCCUCUAUUGGUACACUACGUGGUAAAUAUGUACCUGAAGAAACUCGAGCAACUAUAAUGAAUUGUUUCCGAGUUCCAUUAAAUUUAAUAGUGGUUGUUAUUCUACUUCAGGAUCUAACUAUAACUGUUGUAUUUGGUUGUUGUACAACAUUUUUAUUAGCAGCAGCCCUCUCUCAACAUUGGCUAUACAG